AUGGAGCUUUACAAGAGAACUCCCGAUGGCUCAAUCGCCUUCACGCUGACGGAGCUCGAGGACGCUGCAGCGGGAGUGGAGGAGAGGCGGUCAAGGGAGUCUGCAGCAGCAUGGAAAAGAAAAAAUCGAAGAGAUGCAGGCUAA